UGUUUCAAUUUUCCGGAAAUGUCCUCAUAGACAGCGUUAAGUCUGUAGUGGAAGAGCGAGGACCAUUUGAAGACAAAUGGAGAAGAAGGAGCUGUAUCUUUGGCUUUGCGUGUGUGCUGUCGUUUUAGGCUUGAUUUGGUAUAUUUCAGAAUUCGGAUAUAUUUUGGUCCAGGCCGGUUUCUGUGCUCUGUGUUUCAUUGUCAAAAGUGAAAAUAACAGCAAAGUUUGUGAAAACAGCACCCAGACGGACUCUGACGGUGGUGAAGCUGCAUCUCAGCAAGAAAGUGAGACUCACCCUAGAGUUGGCAGUGAUGAGCCAGAUAUAACAGUCCGGACUGUACAAAAAGAAUCUUGCCAGUCACAGUACCCAAAUAUCCAGAGGUCACUUCAGCACUUAUUUAAGUGUGCUUACACUCAUCUGGUCUUGCCAUGGAGCACUGACCCAGAACAUGGAGAGAGUCAGCCCCUAUAUACAGCAUUACUCACUGAAUUCAACUUUGUUGUGGAUGAGAUCAUUUGCAAGGCCAAGAACAUGGAUCUCUCAAUUACUGCACUUGGCUGCAUUCAGAUCUUCACCCAGCACUUUCAAAAUACAAAACAGUCAGAAGGGUCCCCAGCAUUUGGUUCUAAGGCUGAAGAGAUUGCUGUUAUUAGGGGAGUCUGUAAGACUCUCAUACACAACCUUUUCCCUAAACACCUCUGGGAACCAAAUAUCUACGACUGUGCCCUACAAGAAAUUCUGACUAUGAAAGCACUGGCAUUUGUGACAUUGCUCUCUGACCCAGACAACUUGAACCAUCUAGUCAUUUCUCAGCUGGACCAAACAUCCUCAAAAAAACAGAUAAAGGAAGUGCCUGUCCCACAUAGAGACAUUCCUUCCUCAAAGUGGAGUGAGAACAGUGAUAUGGUUCAACGUGAGAGAGAUGAGCAUCUAUCUGAAGAAGGCAAAGUUAAAAAGAAAGGCAUCAGACUGAAGUUUCCUAAGGUUUUAGAUAUUAUAAAAGGCAAGAAAGUAAAAUUAAAGAGGAAGAAGAAAGAAGUAAUAAACCUCGCUGUGCCAUCCCGUAGGCCUGCAGUAAUAGACCCUGAUAGUACAAGCAGCAAUGAGGGCUCCAUCCAUGACAGUGUUGACACUGAUGGGGAAAGUCUGACAUAUUCCCUCCAGGAGACGAUGAAAUUUAAGCUCUCCUACGAGAUGUGGAAGGUUGGAAAUUGGUCAGUUACUGUCAUUAACGUCCAGAUGGAAGGAAACGAAUUGUGUUUCACAAUUCACUUGGAGGAAAUCAACAAUCCUGAGAACUUCCACUGGGAUGUAAAAAAGAACCAGUCAGACAUAAUCCAGUUUUAUAAUCAAUGCAAGGAACUAGGACAUCUGCCCUCCUUAUUGACAAUAGUGGAGAAGCCAAAAACCGAGUGGAAUAAGGAGGAAACAAGAGAAAGUUUGAAACGCUUCUUCCAAGAUCUGGUGGCGAAUGCAGAGCUUUGCAACUCAGAGCUUGUGUUCAAUUUCCUUGGUCCAGUUGAUGCACUGCAUGGUGAAGGGCUGUGGGUUCUUUUGGAAGAGAUUGCAUCCUUCCUCACCCCUGGCCAAGAUGAGGAUGAGCUUCAUAACCUCAAAAUGGAGGAGAAGCAACAUGAAGUCAUGUAUGCAUGCACUAUAUCAGAGGCUAAACCUCAGCAAGAACAGGAUGAUACUCAACCAAUGUGUACAGACACCUUAGAGAGACAAGAAACUGAAGAUGAGUUGUUGGAAGUUGAUGGAGGUCACUUAACUACUCCUGAGCAGACUUUCACCUGUACAAGUAAAAAACAACACACAGAGGACAAUGUUCAUCUCCUUGAUCAACUGGAAGUAAAUCCUGUCAGAAUUCAAAGUGUUGGUGUAAAUAUAGGACAAUUUCCAGCCAAGAUGAAACACCUUAAAUUCCAACAAAAUUUUAAACGACAGGCUUCAGCCUUCAGCUCCUCUGCAAAUGAAGAGGAUAGUUCGAUCCCUUGCACAACUGAUGUUGUUUCUGUCUCCAAUUAUAAUGGAAAUAUAAGCAAGGAGGAAAAUCUUCCUCACAGAAAAUCAUCAGAAACAGACAAAACUGUAAGGCAGGAGAAAGAAUCUCAUCCUGAAGAAGAGACAUUGAGUCAGCCAUCAGGAGACAAAAAAAUGUCCAAGCCUUUGGAACACCCUGAGGCCAAUAAAGUGAUAUUUGAUUUACUGAAGGAAAUUUCUGGAAAUUCAUACACCUUUAAAUUUAUGAAGGCUGUUGUAACACCAUUCACACCACUGAUAAAUAAUGACUUCUAACGAGACUUAAACACACUACAUGUGAUGGGGUGUCACAGCUCUCUCUCCCUUGUUCCUGGCCGUCUGAAAGACACACAAAGACACAGGUUAAUAGACAGCCAGUAAUUAGACACAGGUGCACCUCAUCACAUGUUACCUACUGGCUCAACCUGCCUCCUCGCCAUUCACAGCUGACACUCGACCAUGCCCCCAGUGCCACAUACCCCCACCGCCCGACUCAGGCCGGGGAGCAAUCUGGCCUACAGCUGACUCCUGAAAAGGCCGUUUUUUCAUGGGAUAAUGGAGUCAAUGGGAUCUGUCAAUAUCCCUUUGUUAAAUCCAGUGUCAAGUAAAAGCAAGCCGUGCCUAACUGAUCGAGCAGUUCAUCAAUGUGAGGCAUCGGGUAUGCAUCAAAUUUAGACACUGCAUUGACUUUUCUAUAGUCCACACAAUACCAGACUGACCCAUCGGUCUUGGGAACCAAGAUCACCGGGCUGCUCCAGUUGCUGUGCGAUUCCUCAAUUACCCCCAUCUUCAGCAUAGCCUGGAGUUCGUUCUGAACCACAAUUUUCUUGUGCUUGGGGAGCCGAAAUGGGUGGCUGCACACCACCACCCCUGGGGGAGUCUCAAUGUGGUGUUCUGUGAGGUCAGUGCGACCAAGGAGAGGUGAGAACACAUUGCAGAAUUCCUCCUGCAACCUAAUAACCUGUGCUCUCUGGGACGGUGAGAGGUGGUUUCCACAGGGGACUGGGGUGAAUUGGGCCACACGUUUUAGACUUGCCUCCGGUCUCAGCUCUGCCCUCUCCAGAACUACUGUUGCCAAAGCCACAGGAACCUCCUGUCUCCAUGGUUUCAGGAGAUUGAAGUGGUAAAUUCGACAUGUGUUGCCUCUAUCUGGACGUUUGACCUCAUCGUCAACUGCCUCAAUUCACUGUGUGACCUCAAAGGGCCCUUGCCACUUGGCGAGCAAUUUUGAGCUUGAAGUGGAUAGCAAAAUGAGGACUUUAUUUCCUGGUGCAAAUUCCCUUAGCCAUGCCCCUCUGUUGUACAGGCAAGCUUGAUGUUCUUGGGCCUGUAGCAAAUUCUCCUGGGUUAUGCGACUCAGUGCGUGGAGUUUUGCUCUCAGGUCAAGAAUGUAUUGAAUUUCCCUUUUACUUUGAGAAGGCCCCUCCUCCCAAUUUUCUCUAAUGAUGUAUAAGACACCACAGGGCUUGCGCCCAUACAGCAAUUCAAAUGGGGAGCACCCGGUGGAGGCUUGUGGGACCUCACGUGCUGCAAACAACAGAGGGUCUAGCCACCUGUUCCAGUUUUUAGCAUCCCCGUGAACGACCUUACAAAUCGUGUUUUUAAGUGUUUGGUUAAAUCGUUCGACCAGGCUGUCCAUUUGCGGAUGAUAAACACUAGUACAAAUUGAUUUAAUGUCCAAUAAUUCAUACAAUUCACGCAUUGUGCAUGACAUAAAAGUGCCUUGAUCAGUCAGGAUUUCUUUCGGAAUCCUGAUUCGGGAGAUAAUGUGGAAGAGUGCCUCUGUAACACUGCGUGCUGAGAUAUUGCAGAGAGGCACUGCUUCCGGGUAUCACGUUGCAUAAUCCAGCGUUUCUCAACCUUUUUUCAGUCACGGCACCCUUCAGAAGUAUGCAAAUUCUCAAGGCACCCCCAUAUAAAAUAUACGCAGUCACGCUGACCAUGCGCUGACCCCGGCAGUAACAUUGUGACAUGGGAAAGGGGGCCAUGAGACAAAUUUUGAUGAUGCAUGAGGCGGCGAUGAUCUGCAUUAGUGUAACUAUCAUUUUUUUAUUUUAAUUAAUUUUAUUUAUUUCAAUGUUAGAAUAUAUAAUUUUUUGACGGCACCCCUAAUGAAGCCAGACGGCACCCCAGGGUGCCGCGGCACCCUGGUUGAGAAAGGCUGACAUAAUCCACUAUAACUAAUACAAAGUGAUACCCUGUGCACAUCGAUCUAAUGGGCUGAUGAGAUCCAUGCCAAUUCUUUCGAAGGGGAUCUCCAUCAGUGGCAAUGGGUGCAAUGGUGCUUUUGGUGUGGCCGCUGGAUUUACCAGCUGACAUUCACAACAUGCCGCACACCACCUGUGGACAUCGGCAUGAAUCCCUGGCCAAUAGAAAUGGGCCAUGAGACGAUUUGCUGUUUUAUCCUGCCCCAAAUGCCCAGCCACAGGAUUAUGAUGAGCCGCAUAGAAUAAAAUUUCCCUACGGCUCUUCGGGACCAACAACUGUCCCAUCUUUUCUUUACUCUGCGUGUCCUGCGUCACUCGAUAUAGCCUAUCCUUAAUAAUACAAAAAUACAGGAAGGAGAGCACAACAUUAGGUUAGAGGAUUUGGCCAUCAAUUACUUUCACUUGGCCAAAAGCACAUCUCAGAGUCUCGUCACUCGUCUGCUCCAAUGAGAAAUCCCCUAAGGGAUUCCCCAGAGAGAGAGGAGAGCUCUCCUCCCCCUCCAUGUCAUCAUGACGCGAAGCUGACGCAGAUGGCCCUGGGACCGCCUCCCCAGCUAACACUGUAGCAGGAUUUCCCUAUGAUGUGCUAUUGCAGGACCCACCCACUAUUAACUGUUUCAUUAACAUUUUAAACCCUGGCCAAUCUGUCCCCAAGAUCAGUGAGCGGGUAAGGCUCGGACUAACUGCCACCUCCACACUACAUUUUUCUCCCUGGAAGUGAAUAAUGAUGGGCAUUAGUGGAUAUUUAUGUAUAUCACCAUGCACCCUCUUAACCUUCACCAAUCAUGCAUUUCCCAGUGCCCUGCAUUGAAUCAGGCUUUGAUAUAUUGAGGUCUGAUUACAACCCAAAUCCACCAAAGCUUGAUGUGUACCCUCUUGAAUCCUCACAACUGUCCUGUACACCCCUGCUCGAUCAGGGGAAGCAUGUGGUACAUCAGAGAUGUGAAUCAGUAGCUCCACCUCUUUGCGGAAGCACUGAUUCCCCGCCUUCCCUCUGCGCCAACAGACCUGCCCGGGCUUGCUCUUGGUUCUGCUGAGCAUGGAUGAUUUCAUCUGUGGAGAGAGAGAGGGGAUUAAUGGUGGCACAGACACAGAAGGACAAGGGAGAGCAGAAACACAAGGACAGACACGAAUGCAGGGAGCGGAUUUCAAGAGAAUUGGCCCCUGUUUCCACAGGGCUGGGGUAGGGGAGGGGUAAGGAAAGGGAGAAGGAGAAAGUGAACGUGAGAGAGAGAGCGGAGAGGUUGUGAGAGUGCCUGCUUCCGGAAAUGCCAUCAGGUGGUCCUCGGCCAGCCAGACCGCCUCUUCCAGCAAUGCCAUUUGGUGACACUGGAUGUACGCUGAUGUCUUGCUUGGCAGCUGGGCAAUGAACUGCUCCUGUGUCACUCGCUUGAUGAUGGACUCAACAUCAUACUUGCUGACUAGCAUCCACUGUUGGCAGGUGUCCCAGAGCUGUUGCGUGAACGCAAACGGCCGGACCACUUUGCCAUAUGCCUAUGAGCCAAAGUGCUGGCGCUGCCCUUCUGGGCCAUGGCUGACCCGCUGUAGGAUGAUUCAGUUUAGGUUGGGGUACUCCAGCAUGCUGGUGGCCGGGAGCUGCCGAGCCACAAGCUGGGCUUCCCAAGACAGGAGCGGUAAUAGGCAAGCCGCCCACUGUGAGGUUGGCCACGAGCUCGCCUUUGCAACAGCUCAAGGGAGGUGUCGGUCAUCCUGCGGUCCCAUCUUGACCAGCUGAAUGGGCACAUUGGCUGCAGGGAUGACCACUGGAGCACCUGUUGACUGGAUCCAGCUCUGGAUCACCUGUUGGGCUUCUGCCUGGGCUUCGAGCAGAGCACAAAAGCGCUGCCCUGAUCUGCUGUCUGGGGGCAUGCUGGUGGCGCUGGAGGUUGUUGGCAAGCGUUUGGAGGAGCUCUCCGACUGGUUCGGACUCCAUGGCAGCAUUCGUUCCUCAGUCCCGGGUUUCAGCACCAGUGUAACAACUUUUUAACUUGUGGGAAACAGAGGAACUGGAUGCAGGCUUCACAACAGGUGCGUUCUUUUUAUUUUGACACUUUUCAGUGACUUCUAAUGACACUCAAACACACUAAACACAAUGGGGUGUCACAGCUCUUGCGCUCUCUCGCGUGUGUGCUCUUGCUCUCUGUCGCGUGCGUGCAUGCAUGCGUGCGUGCUCUCUCUCUCUCUCUGUCUCACUCAUUCCUGGCCAUCUGAAAGACACACAGAGACACAGGUUAAUAGACAGCCAGUAUUAGUCACAGGUGCACCUCAUCACAUGUUAUCUACUGGUUCAACCUGCCUUCUCGCCAUUCACAGCUGAUGCUUGACCACACCCCCGUUGCCACAGUUACAUUUUACUUCAAGCUAUACAUAAAUAUACUUGUCUUACUCAUCCACUUUUUGAAAUUAGAAAUUAAGCCAACAUAAAUUCACAUAGUACUAAAGUUAUUUUUGCCAAAUCCUUCUGUAAUUACACCAAGCAUAACAUCACCAAGAUUCUCAUAAAUUGACGCUCUAUAAAUGCUAACCGAAAGUAAUCCACUUUCAACCACAGAAAAGUCUUUUGUU